CCAGCAGCACUUCACAGCAGAAGAAGAAGAAGAAGAAGAAGACGGCGAAAGAGCAGCAUCUUGACUUUCUGGUGAUGGAGAGCAUGCGAGCGGUCUUCUUCCUGUCCGUCUGUCUGUCCACGCUGGCGUCUCUCUGUGAGGGUCAAAGGUCGGCUGACGCUCAGGUUCCGGCCGCGCCCGACGAGCCCAUCCUGAGGCUGACGAACGUGGACCUGGCGGAGGCGCUGCAGGCUUUCAUGGACGAGGCUGAAAGCAGAGUCGGCCUGUCGGUGGAAAAGAAGGCCAGCGUCAUCCCACGGUGUGACGUCGGCGAGCGCUGCGCGAUGAAACACGGGCCCCGAAUCGGCCGACUGUGCGACUGUCUGCGAGGGACGGCGUGCAACACCUUCUUCCUGCGCUGCUACUGAAGGCUAGCGAAUGUUCCGUCAGCACGUCCUGAAUAAAAACAUAUUGUUACACUUUGACCCCUGUUUGACCUCAUGUGUGUCUCACGCCAGGCGCCCCUCGCUGUCUUUUGUCAAAUAAACAUUGUUCCUGACUUUCACUUUCACUGUAAGACAUCAAAUCACUCAUGCGUUCAAUAAACA